AUGUCUAGUUGCAAAGGAGUGAAUUUUACCAGUGCAGAUGUGGCAUAUGCGAACAAAAUCCAAUCAGAACAUAAAAGCUGGGCGUGGUGGUUAAAUAAUCUUGGGACAUUAGUUGUCUUCGUAAUAGGUUUCUGUGGUAAUAUAUUAUGUUUAUUAGUCCUGUGGCGCCGGCGUCUAAGACGUAAUUCAUAUACUCAGUAUUUGAUAGCUCUAGCGUUCGUGGAUACCGGUGCGAUCCUUGCGGAAGUUCUAUCUGCACUGGAUGAACUACAUCAAGAAGAAUAUAAAAAAGUUCUUAUUCAGCAUAGUAAUAUGUCGUGUAAAGUAUAUAAUUACAUACGCUACAUAUUCUAUUCGAUGAGUUCUUGGAUUAUUGUAGCGUUAGCUGUCGAACGGCUUGUUGCAAUCAGAUGUCCUUUAUGGGCAAAAAAUAUCUGUACAGUUGUCAAUGCGCGGCGAAUUAUUUUCAUAAUACUUCUUUUUACUAUGAUUAUUCAAUCGUAUCAGUUUGUAAUCAAGGGUCUCGAUUGUAUGCCGUCAUCGUCAUCAACGGAAGGCUGCCGUUGUAAAACUAUUCGCAAUCAUGAAUAUUUAAGGCUUGAUGUAAUACUAACCGUUUAUGUCUGGAGGGUUGUUCUUAUGACUCUACUUCCGUUGACGAUUAUCAUAACUGUAAAUGUGUUGAUCAUGAGUAAACUUUUCAAUGAAGGUUCGCUACUCGAUCAUACAAAUACAACGUGCAAUGCGCAACGCAAAAUGAAACUAGUCUAUAAAAUAUCUCGAAUGCUAGUCAUUGUGACGUCUGUCUAUCUAGUAUUACAUGUACCCGGUUCGAGCUUAGAUAUUAUUAAAUUUAUGUACAUAACUGUUUUUCGUAUCUGUAAUGUCAAAUGGCAAUACUAUAUCCAUAUCAGCCAUGAUAUAUUUGAUCUAUUAACUAAUUUCAACUAUGGCAUUAACUUCUAUUUGUACAUUAUUAGUGGAAAACAUAUACGAAAUGAAUUAGUACGUGCGUUUAAGCAUUCGUCGCUACGUUCGAAGUCGAGUGUAAGAAAUGGGAAGAACCAUCGGUCUAGUUAUUACAUGUCAUCAUAUGUUCAUGGGUCACGAUAUAAUCAAGCACGAUACUCAAAUACACCAUUGUCAAGGCGCCCUACUGCCUCAUCGAUGUAA